UAUAUUUCGCAAAACAAGAAUCAAAUAAAUGUAAUGUAAAAAACUUAAAGUAAUAUCUGUAAAAAAACAAAUAAUUAUUGUACUGAAACAAUAUUAAGAACAUAUGUAAUAAUUAUAAAUACUACACCAUAUUUGAUAUCUAAUCGUUCUGAAGUAUAAACAUCUAUAUAAAUACGGUUUUAUAGGCUAUGUAAUGAUCAAAGUGUUGUUUAGUGUUUAAUACAAUUAUAAUAUAAAAAUAUUUAGAAAGUUUAUUUUUUUUAUGGAAUUGAAUGAUAUUUAUAAUUUAUAAAUAUUCUUAUAUUGUUUAAAAAUGAGUGCGACAAAAAAUAAUGGUCGUGCAACUGGAAAUGGACUUGAAGAUCUAGGAAUUCCUGGUCAAAUCUUUCUAAGAGAUGCUUUAACAAGCUGUACAGAUCCUCUUAAAGCAAUUGAAGAAUUUCAGUUAAAGAAUGGAAUUUUAUUACCAUCUCUAAGGCCUAUGCUUCCACUUCUAGAUCUUCAUGGAGUUCGAAGACUUGAUUUUCACGCUUCAGUGCUUGAGGAACUGAGGGAUAAAUUAAUAAAACGCAUCAAUGAAAUUGGUACAGAACGAGGAGAAAAAAAUGCUAGUUCUGGUGAUAAAAGACUAAAAGAUAUGUUAUCAAAAAGUUUUUCUGCUGUUAGAGUUCCAGCAUUAAGACCUGUUGUUAUGGCUAUUUUAAGAAAUACUCCACAUAUUGAUGAUAAAUAUCUUCGAGUACUUGUAAGAGAGAAAGAGCUAUAUAAUAGUGCUGAAACUGAGGUAAAACGACAAAUUUGGAAAGAUAAUCAGAGUCUUUUUGGGGAUGAAGUUUCACCAUUAUUUAGUAAAUAUAUUAUUGAAAAGGAGCAAGUCCUAUUUGAUCAUGGGAAUCUUAAUAGUUUAUUUUUUUCUCCAUCACCAAAAGUAAGAAGACAAGGAGAAGUCGUUCAAAAAUUAGCUCAUAUGAUCGGACAAAGUGUGAAACUUUAUGACAUGGUUCUACAAUUUUUACGAACAUUAUUUUUGAGAACAAAAAAUAUCCAUUAUUGUACUCUGCGUGCUGAAUUGCUCAUGGCUCUUCAUGAUCUUGAAGUUCAAGAAAUUAUUUCUGUUGAUCCUUGUCAUAAAUUUACUUGGUGUCUCGAUGCUUGUAUUAGAGAAAAGAAUGUUGAUAUUAAAAGAUCGCGAGAGCUUCAAGGAUUUUUAGAUAGUAUAAAGCGAGGCCAAGAGCAAGUAUUAGGAGAUUUGAGUAUGAUUCUUUGUGACCCUUAUGCUGUAAAUUUUCUUGCUAGUAGUGCAAUAAAAAUAGCCCUUCAUCUGAUCAAUGGAGAACAACUUCCUCGAGACAAUGCAGUACUGGUUUUACUUUUACGAAUGCUUGCAUUAGGGCUUUCUGCUUGGCAAAUGAUUGACUCACAAGAUUUCAAAGAACCUAAAUUAGAUAGCCAAGUAGUUACGAAAUUUCUACCAGCUUUAAUGUCGUUGAUGGUGGAUGAUCAAAUUAGACAGUUGAAUUGUAAAUUACCUCCUGACGAAAGAGAGAGUGCAAUUGCCAUUAUUGAGCAUUCAGGACCUCCUCCAGAUGCCUGCCAAGCUUAUGCACAAUUAUCAGGAGUUGCAGCUGUAUUAUCGAUGUAUUAUACCCUUCAUGUUGGUGGAGCAGCUAUAGGAAUAAGUGCAAGUGCUGCCAGUACUACAAGUGGUAUUGUUGGAAGUGUUGGUUCUGGUAAAUCUCGAAGUGAUGCAAGAGGAUUGAUGAGAGUACUUGCAACUCUUCCUAAUUGUCAUGCACAACGAGCUUUCGAAGAUCCUUUUCUUCACACCCUCGUUUCUCUGCUUAUCUUGAAUAUGGCCGAUGAGUUCUCAAAUGAAUCUUUUUGUACUGUUAUAUUUGAUGAAUUCUUUUUAGCUGGACUUUCAAGAGAUAAUGUUAUAAGACAUUUGCUUAAAUUACUUUGGUACAUUUAUCCUAAAUUACCUGCUGCACGUUUGCAUUCGUUAAUGAAAACUCUUCAACCAACAAGCCAACAUAACGAAGCUGUACAUAGCCUUUAUGAAGCUUUGAGGGAAAAAAUUGGAAACAGAUCAAUGAAUGAAACACAUACAAUGGGUCAAGAUUCGAUGGGGAUGGAUUGCUCUCCUUCAUUAAGUGGGGUUCCAACUGUACCUACGUAAAAAAUACUUUUGUAAAAAAACAUUUCCAUUAUAAUUCAUUAAAAUUAAUCUACCUUAUAAAAAUAUAAAUCAAAUUUAAAAAAUUUAA